UCCAUAUAAAAAAUUUAAUAUCCCUUAUUCCGAGCUCAAAGUUUGAAGCUACUUUGAUUUGUCGGCAGUCCAAAGUGCAUUUUUUGUUCACAUUUGCCUUUCAAGAAACUUUCUGAGUAUUUUCUUCACAACUGCAUUGCUUAAAAAUUAAAAAUGGCAAAACAAUUAAGCAAAUUAGACCCAAAGAAAACAUUGUUUUUGCUUUGUGACAUUCAAGAUAAAUUUCGUCCAGCAAUGUCACUGUUUGAUAACAUGGUGCAAAACACGAACAAAUUGGUGAAUGCCGGAAAAGUCCUCGAAGUUCCUCUAAUUGCCACCGAACAUUAUCCGGAAAAGUUGGGAAACAUUGUAAAGGAAAUUGAUGUUAGCCAUGCAGCAGGAAUAAUACCAAAAACCAAGUUCAGCAUGAUGGUGCCAGAAUUAGAAUGCAAGAUUAUGGAGCUGUUUCCGAAUGAGAAACCUAAAGACGUCGUUUUGUUUGGUUUAGAGUCUCACGUUUGUAUCGAACAGACUGCAAUUGAUUUGAUUGAAAACGAUUACAAGGUCAAUCUCGUAGCAGAUUGUUGUUGUUCUCGUCUCAAUCAAGAUCGAGAUUUAGCUUUGCAUCGAUUGAGGGAGUUGGGAUGUAUCAUCACUACCAGCGAAAGUGUAAUUUUUAGUUUGCUGCAAGACAAGAAUCAUCCCAAGUUCAAUAUUGUAAGCAAGCUCGUUAGGGAUCCGUCAGCGGACAUGCAACUCUCAAAAGCUGGUUCGGCUAAAUUGUAAACAUUUUAAAAUACUUACUGGAGUAUAUUGAUGAAAGAAAGUGCAUUUCCAUGUAAUAAACGUUUUUUGUUGUGUUAUUGUAAAAUUCAAAGGGAAAAUAUAUUGGACUUGUUAACAAAAA